GUCUAUAAAACAUCCAAAAACACCUCUUUCUCCACGAACACGAUACGACCUCUCCCUUUCUUUCUUCUUCCAGUUUGCUUUAGCGGUGUAAUAAUUCAUUUUGUUUUUCUUCAAUUUCUUUCCAAGUGGCUAUGGAGGUUUCAGUGAUCGGAAGCUCUUCUCAGGCAAAAAUUUGUACGAGCUGGAGUGAGUUGUCAUCUUACAGAGAGAUAAGGUUUUGUAAUUUUCAAAAAAGGGUUUCUUUAUUGCAUAACACUAAAAGUACAAGGUGGAGAAAUUCUGGGCUUAGCUUUACUUUAAAUGCUGUUCAGUCCUCGCCUGUCCGAUCCGAUAGACUUCCUCGUCGUGGGUCUUCUUCAAAGCCCAAAUCGCUCGAUGGUGUAAGAGUAUUUGUUGGGCUGCCGUUGGAUGCAGUUUCUGAUUGCAAUACAGUAAACCAUGCCCGAGCGAUAGCAGCGGGACUUAGAGCUUUGAAGUUAUUAGGUAUUGACGGUGUGGAGUUACCAGUGUGGUGGGGAAUAGUUGAGAAGGAAUCGAUGGGCAAGUAUGACUGGUCGGGAUACCUUGUGCUUGCGGAGAUGAUUCAGAAAGCAGGUCUUAAGCUCCAUGUGUCGCUCUGCUUCCAUGGUAGCAAACAACCAAAAAUUCCCCUUCCUGAGUGGGUAUCACAGAUAGGUGAUUCGGAACCCAGUAUCUACCAUGCGGAUCGGUCAGGGAAUCAUUACAGGGAUUGCUUGUCAUUGGCCGUUGAUGAAGUUCCAGUUCUUAAUGGGAAGACUCCAGUUCAAGUUUAUCAGGAAUUUUGUGAAAGCUUCAAGUCUUCAUUCUCACAUUUCUUUGGUUCCACAAUUACGGGUGUCACAGUGGGUCUUGGACCAGAUGGGGAGCUACGAUAUCCUUCUCAUCGCCAGCUUGCAAGUCAUAGCAAUAUCCUUGGAGUCGGAGAGUUUCAAUGUUAUGAUAAAAACAUGCUGAACCUUCUUAAGGUAAAAGCUGAAGCAACCGGGAACCCAUUAUGGGGACUUGGCGGUCCACAUGAUGCACCGAGCUAUGACCAGUUUCCAAACUCGAACCACUUCUUCAAAGACAACGGGGGAUCUUGGGACUCCCCAUAUGGUGAUUUCUUCCUUUCCUGGUAUUCAAGCGAGCUCUUGUCUCAUGGAGAUCGUCUUCUCUCUCUUGCCUCUACUUCUUUCGGUGACACUUCUGUAACUGUCCAUGGCAAAAUCCCUCUCAUGCAUUCAUGGUACAAAACACGCUCGCACCCUUCUGAACUAACAGCCGGCUUCUAUAACACUGUCAGUAGAGAUGGCUAUGAAGCAGUUGCAGAGAUGUUUGCUAGGAAUUCAUGCAAAAUGAUCCUGCCAGGAAUGGAUUUGUCAGAUAAGCAUCAGCCUCAGGAGUCCCUGUCCAGCCCAGAGUCAAUAUUGGCACAAAUAAGAACGGUUUGCAGAAAACACGGGGUCGAGAUUUCUGGGCAGAACUCGGUGGUUUCUAAAGCUCCUCACGGGUUUGAUCAGAUAAAGAAAAACAUAUCAGGUGAAAGUGCGGUUGAUUUGUUCACUUAUCAGAGAAUGGGAGCUGAUUUUUUCUCACCAGAGCACUUCCCAUCAUUCACUCAUUUUAUCCGAAACCUCAAUCAACUCGGAAUGUUUUCCGAUGAUCUGCCUGAGGAAGAGGAAGUUGUUGAAUCUGUACUUUUGAAUUCAGAGUCAAACACCCACAUGCAAGCAGCAUAGUUAGAAGAUGGGAUUGGACAUGAUAAUGUAAAUAUGAGAUUUUAUAUCGACUGCCAUUGUCUGAAAAUAUGUUGUACGAGGCAAAGCAUGGUAGAAUUAAUAGCCAUCAUUAGAUAGUUUUUUUUUUUAAUUUUAUUUUCUUAAUUGUAACAUAUUUAUAAUGAUAAGAAAUAAACUAUUCUUAUAUCAA